AUGUCUGUAAGCAAAGUGCCCAGCGGGACACUGGCCCCCCAUCGUCAUGCUACUCCUAAACCCACCGUGGCAGAGCGGCUGUAUGGGCAUAAGGAGGCGCCUUCACAGCUGGUGCCUAUAGCCAAUGUUACCGGCAUGCCAGGGGACAGUCCAUCCGUCACGUGGGACCAAUUCCACUCCGUGAUGGUUGUGAUAAGAACUGUUAUAGGCGGUUCCCGGGAAUCGGGCGCAGCGUUUCCCAUACUACCAGAAGACGGCAGCACUGUGCAGGCGUUUUUGCUGCGCAUGGAACGACGGUUCACCCAGAUGCAAUUGGAGGGGCCUAUGAUAACCGUCUACCUUCGGCGCAUCCCCUUGAAAUAA